GAUGAUUUUGUUAUGUUUACUGUUAUCAGUUUAUCAAAACUUUGUAAUUUCUGAUAACUUUUCCUAUAUAAAUUUGCCAGAGGAACACCUGCCAUACUAUUUUACGAGUUUUCCUGAUAUAGCGAAAAAAUGUAGGCUUGACCCAACUUGUCCCUAUACGCAGUACUUAGAUAAAACCCGUUUUUGGGGAUACCAUCUGUCACACAAAUGGGGUUCUCAAUAUUCAAAACCCGAUUGUCCCGGCGAUCACAAAGGUUGGGUAAAAACAAAAUUCGAGCAAAAGAACACAUUUUACACACAAGGAGAUUUUGGAUACAUCAAGCAGCAAUUAAAGGAAUUAAAAAUAUUGUGUAAGCCUUUUCUUGCAAAAGAUAGUUCACUAGAAUGUACCGAUCACUUGAGAUAUUGCAGAGGUCAAAAUAUUUUAAUAAAUUUCACAAGAAUAGAUAGAACUGAACCUAUUAGAUACAAAAUGAAUGUUUUAUCAGAGGGGGAUAUAGGUGGAUUCUGUGAUUUAAAUAAAUCCCUGUUACAAGAACAUGCAGACCAUAUUAGUGCUUUGCAGAGUUGGGGACCUGAGCUAAGGUAUUUUGUUAAACUUAAGAAUAGACCUAUAAUGAACGAAGAUUGUGAUGUAGUUAUAGAAACACCAACCUAUAUAAUGAAGCUAGAUGCUAGUGUAAAUAUGUACCACCAUUUCUGUGAUUUUUUGAACCUCUAUAUGUCUUUACACAUGAAUCCCAGAUUUGACACAUUUUCAACAGAUGUUCACAUAUUAACCUGGGAAACUUUUACAUACAAAUCAUUAUUUGAAGAAACUUGGAAGGCUUUUACAGACCACCCUAUAUGGGAUUUGAAAACAUUUAGUGGAAAUGUUGUAUGUUUUAAAAAUGCAAUAUUUCCUUUAUUGCCCAGAAUGAUAUUUGGCUUGUAUUAUAACACUCCUCUCAUAUAUGGAUGCCAAAAGAGUGGCCUAUUUCAUGCCUUUUCAAGACAUAUUCUACAUCGUUUAAAAAUACCAAUACAUAAAAGGAAAAGUAAUAGAAUUAGGAUCACUUUCUUAUCAAGAGAUACUAAAUAUCGUAGAAUCUUAAAUGAAGAACAUCUAUUAAAUUCAAUUAAGGUUAAUGAAGAGUAUGAAGUCCAGCAUGUUGUCUAUAAUAGAAAAAUUCCUUUUAAGAAGCAAUUAGAAAUAACUGCUAAUUCUGAUCUGUUGGUUGGUAUACAUGGAGCAGGACUUACACAUCUACUAUUUCUGCCUGAUUGGGCAGUCAUUUUUGAGUUAUACAACUGUGAAGAUUCAAACUGUUAUUUUGACCUAGCCCGUUUGCGAGGUAUUAAGUAUGUUACCUGGGAAGAUACAGAAAAAUUGAUUUUGGAAACGGAUGAUACACAUGAUGGUGGAGCUCACGCAAAGUUUGCCAAUUACUCCUUUGAUGUUUAUGAAUUUAAAAGACUAAUUAAAACAGCCACUGACCAUGUAAAAGAUCAUGCUAAGUUUAAAGAAUUUAUCAGACAUGAUGAACUGUAAUAAAGUAUAAAGUUUCGUUUACUAACAAAAAAUUUAUUAAAA